AUGAGUAAUACAGGAAAUUUUAUUCAAACAGUGGUUUUAAUAAUAUCAUUAAUAUUUCAAAUGAUUGCUAUAAGUAUUUCUAUAUAUUCAACAUUUUCUCCAUCAUGGCAAGUUGUUGAUAUAAGAGAAUUUCGUGCUCAACAUCAUCAUGGAUUAUGGUUAGAUUGUACAAGAUCAGAAAUAUCAUAUUCAACAAUUAAUUCUAAUAUUAAAAAUAACAAAGAGGAUGAUUCAUUUUUAAGUCAUUCAUCAAAUACUCGUCCACAUAAAAAUCAUUAUGAAUAUUAUGAUUCACAAAGUCCAUUACAUUGUACAUACAAAUUUGAUUGGGCACAGGCAAAAAUUAUUGAAGAAAAUAUUAUUAAUGAAGAUGAUAAUAGUGCUGCUGGAGAAGCUGAACAUCAUCAAUUUUUCUUUUGGCAUAAAGCUGUCCUUACCUCUAUCAUUUGUUCAAUUAUUUUUGGUGGUUUAUCAUUAUUUACUGGAAUGUGUUCACCAUGUUUUGGUACAUGUUCAUUAGUUUAUGCCAUUUUAAUAUUUCUUUCAUUAAUAUCAUCAAUAACAGCAGAUGCCAUAUUCUUUUUUGCUGCCCAUCGUGUAGAUAAUCGUUUUGUUCAAGGUCUUAUUGGAACAUAUGAGCAAGGAAUUGGACACGCUUUUUAUUUACAUUUAUCAAGUACAAUUAUUCUUUUGAUCUCUUUUAUUAUUUCUGUUUGUACCAGUUACUCAAUAUUGAGAUCUUCAAAUACGCAAAGAGAAGAUAUUCGCCUCAUGGAUUUACCUUCAAUAAAUAAACAAUUAAUCUUUCAUAGUAGAUAUUGA